AUGCUGCUCUUCUUCCUCGCUCAGGGGUGCGCGUUUGCGCUCCGCCCGCUCCUGCCCGCUCCUGCGGCCGCGCCGCGGGCUCACGCUGCGGUGCUGCUUGCGCGUGGGUUUGGUGAGUCGCCGCCGGCACCGCCGUCACGGCCACAGAAGAAGCCCAAGGCUAAGACGGACCGCUUCGAGCUCCAGUUCACUUGUAACAAGUGCGACACUCGGAACACACACCAGAUCUCGCGGCUCGCGUACGGCGAGGGCACUGUGAUUGUGACCUGCCCCGGCUGCGGCGUCAACCACCUCGUCGCCGACAACCUCAACUGGAUCGAGGACGACUUUCGCAACCUCAAGGAGGCGAUGCAGCAGCGCGGCAAGCCCGUCUCCGACUUGCGAGUCGAGACCGCCUCCGACGCCCAGCGCGCCGCCGCCGAGGCCGCACCGCCGGCGCCAGCGCCAGAGCGAGAGGCAGAGCGGUCAGUCGCGCCCCUCGACGGCAUCAGCGAGGACCAGGCGCAGCGCAUCCGCGACGCAGUGAGGGCAAGCAAGCAGAGGAGGGCGGCCGACAAGGCGCGCGCGCGCGCUGAGGCGUCCGAGGCGCCAAGCGAGAGCGGCGGGUGA